AAGUCAAAAUGGCUGACUUUAAGUUAACUUAAGUCUAUCGUCAAUAUUCUGUGUUUACUACUUUACAAGCACAGGAUUAUUGAUGAACAUCACUCGGUGAAAGCACUCAGUCCAACAGAGAUAAUAACAAGCAUGUUAUCAACAAGAUAGUUAAUUAAGUCUCUACGACAUUCGAUGCGGGCAAAGGACAGUACUUGAUCGUGCACAAUACUCAUCAGAAAAUCACGAAAAACGUUCAGUACAUUUCAAGAUGUCGUACAAUUAUCGUUACACGGUUGACGGUGGCACGUUCACUGAUGAUCAGAGGCGCUUUUAUGAAGACCAUGGAUUCAUUAUGUUCCGCAAUCUGGUGCCUCACCACAAGCUGGAUGCUUGUCAGAGGCACUUUGUUGACAUCUGCGAUGGUAAAGUCGACACCGGUAUGAUGACUAUCAUGAAAGAUGGCAGCUUGAAGAAACGCUCUGAUGUUAAAGGCGAAUACUUGAUUAACAAAAUUCAGGAUUGGUUGUUGGACGAUGUUCUCUUUGAAAACUAUGCGGUUGACGAUAGCAUAGUCAAAGUUAUUCAGAAUAUUGUGGGGCCAAAUGUGACCGCAGCUCAUUCGAUGUUGAUUAACAAACCACCGGAUAGCACUGAGGGUUUCUCCAGACAUCCGAUGCAUCAAGAUUUACACUACUUCCCGUUCCGCCCGGCGGAUCGUAUUGCCGCUUCCUGGACUGCCAUGGAACGCAUUGAUGAAGAGAAUGGAUGUUUGUUUGCCGUGCCUGGUUCACACAAGGCCGGGAAACUUUAUCAACAUGAUUAUCCUGAAGAUGUGGAAAACAAAGCAUAUCAUGGAGUUAAAGGAUUCGAUCAUAUUCCACGCGUGAAUUUGAUUAUGGAAAAGGGUGAUACUGUAUUUUUCCAUCCCAUGUUGUUACAUGGUUCCGGUCCCAACAAAACUAAAGGAUUCAGAAAGGCAAUUUCUGUGCAUUACGCCGAUACGAAUUGCCAUUUUAUUGACGUUCGAGGUACUUCACAGGAGAACAUCGCCGUUGAAGUGAUGGAACUUGGACAGAAGAAAUUUGGAAUUAAAGCGUCAUUCCAGGAUAUCUGGAAAGGCAAAUCGCGUUUGAUUUGCGGUCAGCCGGGUGCUUUCCAAACAUUCGACAGUCAUUUGUAAUCAAAGAAACUGUUAUACCAUAAUAGCAUAUGUUAAAAUGUGGUUUUGUAUAUUUUAUUCUUUUGUUAUCACAUUUGUAUAUUAUAUAACUUGAUAAAAUGGA